AUGUGGACUGCAAGUAGUCAAAGGAAAGGCUAUAUGGCAGUCACUUCACAUUUCAUUGAUAAUACGUGGAAGUUGCAAAGUUUCUUUAUGUCCCUGCCCCCACAUAAUGCCGAGGUUCUUGCCGAUGCAUUAAAACAAUGCAUUCAAUCAUGGAACUUGGAUUUGAGAUUGGCAUCUAUCACAGUAGAUAAUUGUACGACUAAUGAUGCUAUGAUGGACAUCAUAAAGGACUCUUUCCCAUAUGGUUCUCUACUUUUGGAUGGUGAGUUCUUACGUAUACGUUGUUCUGCACAUAUACUUAAUCUAAUUGUUCAAGAUGGAUUAAAUGCUGUAGUGUAUGAUGGAGUUAAUCGAAUAAGGAAAAGUGUUGUGUUCUGGACUGGUUCUGAUAAGAGAGUGCAAAAGUUUGAAGGUGUAGCUAAUCAAUUAGCCUCCGGUUACAAAAGGAAAUUAACCCUUGAUUGUAAAAUUCGUUGGAAUUCAACAUAUGAAAUGCUUUGUGUUGCUAUUAAUUAUAAGGAAGUGUUUGCUGUUUUAAGUGGUCGAGAUAAACUAUACAAAAACCCACCAACACCUGAAGAUUGGGAAAAAGUUGGGAAAAUAUGUGAGUUAUUGGAAGUGUUUGCUAAAUUUACCCUUGAUUUCUCUGCCUCAAAAACUCCUACGGCUAAUAUUUACUUUUCUAAAACUUGCAAACUUAAAAUUACUCUAUCUACUUGGCUUUCAUCUCCAUAUGAUUAUGUUGUGAAGAUGGCGGAAGUAAUGUUAGAGAAAUAUAAGAAAUAUUAG